UUGACAUGGCCGACAUCAACUUGCUCCGUGACACUGUCAUUGGAGCGACAGCAACAGCCUUCCUGCCGAUAGUGAGGCUGUUGUUGCUCAACGUGUUUCCUGAAGCAGGUCCAGAAUAUUUUCAGUCUAGUGGCCCUAUCACGUCUCAAUAUGACUUCAUCAUAGUGGGUGGAGGAGCAGCGGGGUGUGUGCUGGCAGGGAGGCUGACGGAGGUGCCGGGGUGGCGGGUGCUGCUGCUGGAGGCUGGAGGUCCCCCGCCGCUGGAGACCAACGUCCCGGCCUUCCUCCCCAUCUCCUACAUCCCUGGGUACAGUGAGGACUGGGGAUACAGCACCGUCCCUCAAAAAUAUUCUUCUCAAAACUUUAUUAACCAUGCGGCGAGGCAGCCGCAGGGGCGUGUACUGGGAGGCGGGUCCACGGUCAACGGCAUGAUGUACGUGAGAGGCAACAGGCGAGACUUCGACCGGUGGGCGGCGUUGGGUAACCCAGGCUGGGACUACCUCAGCGUCCUCCCGUACUUCAUCAAGGCUGAGGACUACCGCGGGGAGGUCGGCGAUAACGAGGCCUUCCGUGGCCGCGGGGGUCCCAUAGGCGUCACCCCAUCACCAGUGUCGCCACUAACAAGAGCCUUCCUACAGGGCGGCCAGGAGCUCGGCUACCCUAUUAUCGACUACAAUGGCCCUGAACAACUGGGCUUCCCCGUGACACAGUUUUCUAUCAAAGACGGGGUGAGGUCGUCCACUGCCAUGGAGUACUUAAGACCAGCAGCCUCCAGACCCAACCUUCACAUUCUCCAUAGUACCACAGUUCACAAGAUUGUCUUCCGCAAUAAAAGAGCAAUUGGAGUGACCUUCGAGCACAAAGGAAAGCUGCUGACGGUGGGAGCGAGGAGGGAAGUCAUACUGUCUGCCGGCCCAGUUGAAUCACCCAAGUUGCUCAUGUUGUCCGGAGUUGGACCCAAGGAACACCUCCUCCAGCAUAAACUGAAGGUGGUGGCAGACGUACCAGGGGUCGGCCAGAAUGUUCACGAUCACGUGGAAGUUUUAGGGCUCAGCUGGCUGGGAGUGAAGGGAACGUCUGCAAUGGGUUUAAUUGAAUCAUUCAGUCCCGUCUCUCUCAAGCAGUACAAAGCCACCAGACAAGGACCUAUGGCUGCAGCCCCACUGAAUUUCCAAAAUGCUUGGGUCAAGGUGAACCAAGAUGGUGACCCAUUAUGGCCUGACAUCCAACUGUUUUUCAAUGGUGCGACAAUAGCGUAUGACAAGGGUACCUUCAAUCCUAGCUUCUGGGGCUUUGAUAAAAAGAUGUAUAAAUCCUACUUUGGUGAAAUACUCGGACGAGACGGGUUCUGCAUCAGACCUAUGAUUGUGCUGCCCAAGAGUCGAGGCACCAUCACCCUCAGGUCCGCAGACGUUCAUGAACACCCAAAUAUUGAUCCUCAACUACUUUCUCAUCCAGAUGACGUCGUUACCCUUGUUAAAGGGGUAAAGUUGUCCUUAGCGCUUGGCAACACUUCAGCCUUCGUCAACAACUUUGGAGCCAAAUUCUAUGACAAGCCUCUCCCUGGAUGCACUGGGGAGAUAUACGGCUCAGACGCCUACUGGGUUUGUUAUGUUCGUCACAUGACUACAACCUUCUACCAUCUUGCUGGAGGCUGCAAGAUGGCCCCAGCCUCAGACCCUUAUAGUGUGGUGGAUCACAGACUCAGGGUUCGCGGCGUGGCUGGACUGCGGGUGGUGGGCGCCGCCAUCAUGCCCUUCGUCACCAACGGCAACACCAACGCUCCCACGAUCAUGAUUGCUGAGAAGGCCAGUGACAUGAUCAAGCAAGACUGGAGCGGCUAGGCAGCGCUCAAUACAAGAGUUUUACAAACCAGCGGUCUCUUAAUCUCAACGCGUUCCACUCCAACAACUAAUCUUGAGUAAACUCUUAACAGGGAAACAAACAAACCAAACUCAACAAGCACCAGUGAAAACAACUAGGCAAACAAAACCUCAUUAAGUAUCACUGGAAUGACGACUCAUCAAUCAUCACAGGAAUGACGACUCAUCAAGCAUCACAGGAAUGACGACUCAUCAAUCAUCACUGGAAUGACGACUCAUCAAUCAUCACUGGAAUGACGACUUAUCAAUCAUCACUGGAAUGACGACUCAACAAGCAUCACUGGUAUGACAACUCAUCAAGCAUCACAGGAAUGACAACUCAUCAAGCAUCACAGGAAUGACGACUCAUCAAGCAACAUUGAAACAACCUAUCAGAUCUGACACCAUUCCAAAUUAUAGGAAUAGUCACACAUACAACAAGAAAAGCCUAGUGAUGUUAGGCUGCUAACAUCACUGCAGUGUAACAAAUCAAACUGCGUACACUAAAGUGCCAAUAUAAUUUGUGCACUACCUCUCUUUGUACAAAUAUGCUGAACAAAUAUGCUUUUAUAGUCAGCACGAUGAAUGAUCACUUGCCUACUCUCAGGAUUACAACUGAAUUGUGUUGUUAGCUGUGUCAUACAGUAAUUAUGCAGGUUAAUGUUCACAAAUGGACAAACAAAAUAAGUCAGCAGAAAGUGAAGGAUAUUAUUGAACUGAACGCUCUCAUCAACAGUAGAUAUGUGCACAAAGAUGUAAUUCACUAUUCUUUGUACUGUGGAUAUACAAUCAAUUGCCCCUGAACUCUGUUCCACACUAAAGUAUACUUGUUGGUUGAUCAGUCAGCUAUUGUGUUGGCCGUAAUAAUGCACUAGUAGUUGAUACUCCUUAAAUCCAGCACUAAACCAGUCUUUCACAACCUGACUGUAUUUAUGACCCACAAAUAUUACCAAAGUUAGGUCUGGAUAGCCUAAUUAUUCUAACAAAGGUUUAGCACAGAAAAUCAAACCCUGACUUAUGUUCUAUUUUAUAACCUAAAUCACGGUGAGUACCAAGUGUUUGGUCCAAAUCAAUAAUGAAAAUUAUUUAGACUGAAGAUAUCUUUAAUAUGAAGAAAGAUAAAAUGUAGAAGUGGCUUAUAACCAAGGCUUAAUCUUCGCACAUGUAUAGAAUAUAUAAGCUUUAACUGGCCUCUGCACCAUUAUGAUGAACACCUAGUUAAAGGAAACAUUGGUUCUUUAAUAACUGUGCAUAUGUUCAGCACAUUUGUCUUUGCAUGAGAAUUGCUAGACACACGAGUCAAGUAACCCAUAGUUGUAACGGAGAAAUGACUUACUGAGAGAGUAAGGCAUUGUCAAGGCGUGUAAAUAAUGUUAAUAUUAACUAUAUGAAUAAUUAAAUUAUAAAAAUGUGAUGCAUUUAUGAGAGAGUAUUAAAGUUGUGUGAAAGGAUUCGAACCCGCGUCCCUAGACUCCCAAGGGAGUGUGGCUGGCGAGGCCAAGGUCGCGGGUUUGAUCCCAUUGUACCACUUCAAUAUUUUCUCUACUAUAGAACGUGUUCGGUGCGAACCAUCACUCCUUGGGUACCAAUCAUCCAGUUGGGAUAAUUCAGAAUUAAAUUAUAUGUAAAUAUUGUAUAAAUAUUUUUUACUUUUAGAUGUUCACUGCGACCAUAAUGUUGAAGCAGAAUGUUCACACAUUUGCUAAUAUACGAAGGUAAACAUUUAUGUAAAUACAAUAAAUAUUUCUGUAUCUCUGUUUAACACUUAUUCUCUCUUAAGUAUUUCACGGCAGUAAACACAGCAAGUCUU